CCGAUAUCGUCUUAUCCGAUAAGUGCUCCUGCUGCCCUUUUAUCCUGCUGUGUCCUGCCCCUCCAUCUGUGCUAUAAUUGCCCCUCCCGCCUCCAACUGUAGUUAUUGACUCGCAGCGGCUUGCACUUCCGGUGUGUCAAUCUCGUGAUAGCUUCGCUGUGCAUUGUGUGUUUCAGCCAUGGCUGCCGCUACCGCCUGCGCUUCUACCGCCUUGGCUGGGCAGAGCUUGCUCAAGCCCGUGAACGAGCUGUCCCGCAGGGUGGGUGCCAAUGAGGCCCGCGUCACCAUGCGCAAGUCCGCUGGGUCUGACAGCAUCUGGUAUGGCGCUGACCGACCCAAGUUUCUGGGCCCAUUCUCCGGCGAGACCCCCUCGUACCUGAAUGGUGAGUUCGCUGGUGACUACGGCUGGGAUACCGCUGGAUUGUCCUCCGACCCCGAGACGUUCGCCCGCAACCGCGAGCUGGAGGUCAUCCACGCCCGGUGGGCCAUGCUCGGAGCCUUGGGGUGCUUGACCCCUGAGCUCCUGGCCAAGAGCGGUGUGAAGUUCGGAGAGGCCGUGUGGUUCAAGGCUGGCGCCCAGAUCUUCAGCGAGGGAGGUUUGGACUACCUCGGCAACCCCAGCCUUGUGCACGCACAGAGCAUUUUGGCCAUCUGGGCAUGCCAGGUGAUCCUGAUGGGAGCCGUGGAGGGUUACCGCGUCGCCGGUGGUCCCUUGGGUGAGGUGACGGACCCCAUCUACCCAGGAGGUUCAUUCGACCCCUUGGGCUUGGCCGACGACCCCGACACCUUCGCCGAGUUGAAGGUGAAGGAAAUCAAGAACGGGCGAUUGGCAAUGUUCUCAAUGUUCGGGUUCUUCGUCCAGGCUAUCGUCACCGGCAAGGGACCCCUGGAGAACCUGAACGACCACCUGGCUGACCCCGUUGCGAACAACGCAUGGGCAUACGCCACCAACUUCGUUCCCGGCAACUAGAUGUAUGAUCCGUCGAAGAGAUGACGGCUGAGGCGCAAGAUCGCCUUGCAUUCUGUACCAUAGAGGAGUAAGUGUUGCAAAUUAUUGGCGGUUGGGUGUUUCCAGCCACGCUGGUUCAGUAAAGGAUGAUUACACAAGAAUGAACGUGUUUUGGUGUGCCACGGGAGACGCUGAUCCCUGAAAUGUCGCAACGUUGGUGUUCGGAACAUGUGAUGACGAACGGUUGUGUUUACUCCGUGCGUCACCUUGCUUCGACACAGUGUCAAGGCCAGUAGCAGAUGGUAGAAUGCGGAAGAGUCUGUCUUGCAGUCGGAUACAUGAAUGCAAUCCGACUUACAGCGGGUUUGCAGCAACUUCUGUUCCUAGCGAACGAGCAGGGAUUGUGUUGGUUGAAGGUGAAAAUGAGUGUCAAGUUUUUAUGUGAAGAGGGACUGUGAGCAGACAGAUUUUCUCUAUUCACGGUUUUGAGGAAAGAAAUUAAUGUGUCCGUUGUCGGAGUUUUCGCGCUGGUUGUGCACCUGGUUCUGAGAAUUACUCGAUUUGUCA